AUGGUGGUAGGUGUGCUUUUGGCCAUUGCCAGCGCAUCUACAGCAGGUGUGACAAGUGGCUUGCCUGAUGCGGAGUGCUGGCAAGACGAUUUCAACGAGGACUUUUGCUGUGGUGAUCGCUGGGGGCUGACCGGAAAUCCUGCAUGCUGGAAUGAGGAGUUUACCUACCUCCGUUGCUGUGGCAUUGACAAGCUGCCACGGAGGCCGGACGAUGAUACAAAGUGGGAGGCAUCGACGGCAGGAAUUGAACUGGAGGAUGGCGGCGAAUACGACUUCAUCGUGGUUGGCGCUGGCUCCGCUGGUAGUGCCGUCGCAUCUCGCUUGGCUGCCGCAGACACCGUCGAUGGACAGCCAUGGCGUGUCCUCAUCCUCGAGGCCGGUUCCUGGAGUGUUGCGGAGGAGGUAGCGGAUCCCGAUCGCAGUGCGCAAAAGAAGGAAUCGUGGUGGCCGGCAUUGGAGGUGAACUUCAGCGUUGGAAGGGAAGGAAGGACGUGGACAUAUGCGACUGGUCGAGGUGUUGGAGGAACUGCCAGUGUCAACUCAAUGAUCUACACGCGAGGAUCCAUUUUCGAGUACGAGGCCUUUGGAUGGUCCGUCGAUGAAGUCCUGAGCGCCUUCAAGAACUUGGAGGCACCUAUGGAAGCUCCCGGCUUCAAGCCAGACGCACAUUACCAUCGACCUCUGCCGACAGGUGGACUCGAAGACCUGGGCUCCAAUCUGCCGGGCAGUCACCUGACCUUGGUGUCUGCUUUUCCCGAGGAGCUUCCUCCUCUCUUCCGGAAUCUGAUUGCUGCCUUCGAAGGCAUUCGUGUGCCCUUCAGGGUGGAUCCUCAUGGCAAUGCGACGAACCAGGGCAUCGGUGGGAUGUGGCGCUCCAUGGGUUGUGGGCACCCGCGAUGUCAGCCAACUCGUAUUUCUCGCGUGACGGCUGCUCGUGGGAGACCUCGAUCAACCACGUACAAGGAUCUGGCAGCCCCCUUUCACGGCUCACCUGCGCACAGGCUGGAGACGCUGACUCAUGCCUUUGCAGAGCGCAUCAGCUUUGACGGCAACAAGGCCGUUGGUGUGGAGAUCUCGGUGACUUCUGACGAUGCUCCGCAGGUGGUUCAGCGCCGCCUGCGAAUUCGGGCCAAACACGAGGUCAUCGUAGCAGCCGGUGUCCUCGCCACUCCGAAGUUGCUGACGUUGUCCGGUGUGGCCGAACCCAAGGAGCUCGCUCGACUGGGUGUUCCCGUGAUUGCCAGCUCGCCUUCUGUCAGCCGCCACUUCCAUGAGCACGUCGGAUUGUCAAUUGUAGCGCAUACCAACGUCCCGUGUCCGGAAGGGUAUCACCUCAGCGAAGAUGGACACACAACCACGCAUCUGGGAAACACGGACCAGUUCAUUGGACAACUCUACGCGUUCCUAAAUGCCACGGACAAUCGACCGGGUGAGCCUGGUCCAGUGGACGCUGAGGUUAUGUUGCUGGAGGGCUGCCUGGAAGGCCAUCUCAGCUUGACUUUCACGAUCAUCUUGCUGCAAGCGCGUACACGUGGAAGGCUUGUCGUGCAGUCUCGACACCCGAUGGCCUCGCCCCAUCUCGACUACAAGCCCCUGAGCAACAGCGAUGACAUUCAGGUAAUCGCGAACACCAUUCGCCUCCUUUAUCAGGGUGUUUUCGCCUCAGAGCAGAUGGCUCCUUUCGAGCUGGGCAUCAGCCCCGGUGUGGAGGUAGUCGCAGACUUCCAGAAGUUGGCGCAAUGGAUUCGCGCCAACAUCUACUACUAUUCCCACCCCACUGGGACGGCUCGAAUAGACAGAGAUGGAGCUCCUGGCGUUGUUGAUUCGCAGCUUCGCGUCCUUGGUACGACGAACUUACGUGUAGCAGACACCUCGGUUUAUCCCGAAUCACCAUCUGGACACAGUGAUGCACCUGCCAGACUUGUUGGCGAGCUUUGCGCUCGCUUCGUGCUCCGUGAUAUCGCCCGUGCGGCGGAUCAGGUGAAGGAGCAUCCUGGUGGACCUGCUGUUCAGCUUCGCGGGUAUCGAGGUGUUCGGAUGCCAUUGCGUGGGUUCGGCACCAAUGGCGUGCAGGGCGAGAAGGUGCGGCAAUCCUUGACCUCGUUUUUCCAGCUCGGUGGACGCAUGGUUGACACGGCGGUGCUGUAUGAAAACCAUGUUGACAUCGGACGCGUCGUUGCCAACAGCAAGAUACCACGCGAGGAGGUAUUUAUCGUCAGCAAGAUUCCACCAACUCAGAUGGGAUUUGACGAAACCUACGAAGCAGUCCUCCGAAGCGUGAAAGAGCUUGGCACGCACCUGGAUUUAGUCCUGCUCCACUGGCCCUCUAACUUCGACAAAAAGGAUCCGCUCCCGGCCUGUGCAGGCGUGUCAUGGCGGGCAUGCCGAGCUGCUGCAUGGAAAGGGCUGGAAAAGGCCUACAUGGAGGGCAAGGUGCGAGCCCUGGGUGUGUCAAAUUUCGGCGUGAAGCACCUCUCUGCAUUGUUGGCGGAUGGUCCAUCAUUGCCAAUCGCAGUGAACCAGAUCGAGCUGCAUCCCUGGUGGCCUCAGCUGGCCUUGCGAAAGUACUGCAAAGAGAAGCAUAUAGCGCUGAUGGCCUACGGUUCCUUGGGAAGCUCCUUGCUGGGUGGCGCCACCCUCCGCUCACCAGCGGUCGCGAAGGUUUCAAAGAGAGUGGGCCGGUCGCCAGCUCAAGUGCUGCUGCGCUGGGCGGUGCAGCAGGGUGUGGCGGUGAUUCCGUGCAACCCCAAGUAUAUAGCGCACGCUUCAUCUUAG